AAACAGCGCGUGCAUUGGAUAUAUAAUUAAUGCAGACAUGGCACAGAACGAAGAGAUGCAAGACGACGUCCUUGAGAAAUCCGGGGAAACAUUGAUUGAGUUCAUCAAGAGCAGCAAGGCAGAGAACGUACUUCGAGGAGCAAGAGAAAAACUGCAGGAGUUCUUUGACCACCACAUCAAGACCAAGAAGACUACAACCGAGAUCUUAAAUGAUCUUGUGCAUGCAGAGGAAGUGGUCGGCCACAAGCUUCUGGAUUUAGAGCGGCAGAAGAGCCAGAUGGUGCAGGAGAUCGAGAGGAUGGAGCAGGAAGUGCAGCGGAGUCUGUCCAAAAGCCAAAUCCUGGACUCGGAGCAGGAAUUCUUACAGAAAGAGUUGGAAAAACUUAGAGAUGGUGAGCAAGAAAUUCAGACCCUGCAACAGGAAGUGGACGAGGACACAACUGAGGUCAUUCCUUCAGCUAUAUAUGUUGCUCAGCUCUAUAAUAAAGUAACCAAGAUAAAGCUGGAGGUAGACCCAGAGCCGCACAUACUCAGGGGAGUUCACUACGGUGCGGACGUGGCAACCCCUAUCAACAUAGACACGUCCACCCGUUCCCCCUGUGAGGUCAGCGAUGACCUGUGGAGCCUGGUCAAUACUGAAUGGUAGACCUGGUGCACAUGAACCGUGUUUGCUAAUGUACUGUUUGUUUUUAUAUGUGUGUGUGUGUAACUGUGUAUAUAUGUGUGUCUAUAGAUAUGUCUUUUAAGUCUGAUAAUAAAUUGGCCUCAAUCGCUA